GAAUUGAUCGUAGCCAUGAACCUCGCGCUGCAUGGAUUUUUGUUGCAGGUUUUAUUGUCGAUCCUCAACCUCCAGCAUGGCUCCUUGUUAUGCAGCGCGGGGGAACCUGGCUAUUUGGACUUCGACAACCUGCCAGAGACGAAUUUCUCGUGUCAAGGGAAGGUGAUUGGUGGGUAUUAUGCAGAUGUUGAAGUCGGAUGUCAGAUGUUCCACGUGUGCACAAUUGGUCAAAAAGACGAGAUUAUGGACAUAAAGUUCCUCUGUCUGAAUGGAACCGUCUUCGAUCAGGAAACCAGGGUCUGCGAGAGGGUGGACGAGGUCGAUUGCAGCAAGAGCGAGCGAUUCUACAACUUGAACUUGGAACUCUAUGGGAACAAUGCGGUCACUCUCAGUUUGCACGAAAAUAGCGAGGAUGAUAUCGAGUCAUCGGAUGGACUGGACGACCAUCAACGCACUACGUCAUCACGACCUACUACGACAACUACAACAUCCACGACAACUUCGAAACCGAACAAACCAUCUACGACACCAUCCCCCAAUUCCUUUUCCCAUCCUACAGGAUAUCCUCAACACUUCCAACCUCAACCUCCGUUCCCUCAGGUCCACACCAGCCAAUCCAAAUCACUGUAUGACGACAAAAAUGGCGGAUAUCAUCACCAAUAUAUUUUCCAUAACGGAGAAAGGAAUAAUAAUCAACAGGCUACUUCUUAUCAAUUAUUCAGCAAUCAGGGUGUUAGUUCGACCACUGUCCAGCCGCCUCAGGUUCAUCAGAUUAGGUUUAGCUCGACCUCGAGCCCACAAAUCAUCCAUAACGAACCGUCGACAGUGGCGCCACUGUUCCAUGCGACCUCCUCCACUAUCCAGACACUGCUAAAUAGCAAUGGAAACAGCCCAGCGUUGAUAAAUCCUAUCUUUCAUAAUCACGGAAUUGCCAGUACCACGGAGCAAUUUAUUCACAGUAAUAAUCCUAGGGAAACAUCUGACUAUCGUGAGAAUGGAGAACAGAGUAUUAGACCAUUGGAAGCUGUCCAGUCGACCAACAAAGGAAAGGUCUCAAAGUUAACGAUAUCUCCGGUGCCAACACCCGAAUCAUCAAGAUCAGUGCAAACGAAAACCAGCAGCCAUAGCUCCCAGCAACAGAGAAUUUCAGGAAACUUCCUACCUACUCCAGCAACUGACGAAACCACGAUCAGGUCCUUCUAUCCAACGCCAAGAACCUCUUCCAAGCCUCCUCAAACUUCUCAAUCGACUAUUGAACAGGUUACCCAACACAUACACGUGCUGCCCCCUGUGCAGAUACCCCAACUGAAGCCCCACCAGAUCACUAUCAACCUACCACCUCCUGAUCUUCAAAGAAUAGUUCAGAAUCCAUCGUCCCUGCUACCUUCUCAGUCAAGAGUCAUCGUAACAGCCAAGGCAAGCGUUAGUGACGAGUCUGGCAGACCUCUGAACACCACCCAGUUGGUGACUCUUCCUCUUCCAACGAUUCCAGCUAGCUACGAUGAUUACAAAGAGGGUGACGAGUCCUUUGACCCAUUCUACAGAGACGUUCCAAAGAUUCGAAGCAGCAGACGAAUUCCUAGGAGGAGCAGCGAAGGUGAAAGAACUUGGAGAUUCAAGAGGUCUGUUGGCCAGACUAAAAGUUCCAUGGUUUCCUUCGUCUAUGGUGGCAAUUCUAAGAGGAAACAAGACGGCCAAUUGAUAGACGUGGACAAAAAUGUCGAUACUCAGAACGACAACAAGGACUUCAAGUCGAUCAAAGAGAGCCUGAUGAGGUUUAGGGAUAUCCUAUUUGGAGGAGAGUUCACAGAGGACACUAUUCGCAAUGUUUUCGAGGGAAGCAGGUUACAGGGAAUUGGAUCUGAUAGGGGCACGAAUAAACUGAAGAAGGAUUCAUUGGAGGAUCUAGAAACAAAGGCUUCCAAGUAUUUUAAGGCGAAGGAGUAUGACGACGAGGCCGAAGAAGAACAACAAAAUGAGGAAGGCAAGGCUGAGGAACAUCCAGAAGGGCUUGAAAUUCCUUUGCAGUUAAAUACUAAGGAAUCCGAUGCCGAAGAAUAUAUCGAUGCUGAUGAGAAGGGAAAUAUCGAGAUAAAUUUAAAGGACGAAGAAGUGGAAACACCUGACUACGAGAAAGAAGAGGAACAGGAGACCUCUUCUGACGUGAAUAACAAUACGAACGAUGAAGAUAAAGCAGAUUCUAUAUCCAAACAGCCAGAACGAGUCAUCGAUGUGGUCAUUCUCGAGCCACACGAAUAUACGAAGUUGAAAUCCAAAGAUGAGGACUCUUCGAGUACUACUGAAGUCUUCACCGAAAUCCCAAUACUUUCCACGACUGAAGAAACCACUGAAGCGGUAAUAGAAGAAGAUUCGACAGGGGAACUUAACUCCAGUAACCCUAAAGGUUCGGAAGACGUUGUUGAAGAAAGCAGAGAGCUGAAGCAAAGUGUAAAUAACCGGGGAAAAAAUCCACAGGAGGAGAGUGAGAAAGAGAAACCUAUGGAGUCGAAACCAGCUGCUAAAAGAAGAAGUUCCAGGAUCAGAUCUUCCAGAGCUAAAAUAUCUGCCAGGAAAAAGGAGACCAAGAAUGGAAAUAACGAAUCUGUCAAAUUACCUGAUGUUCUUGACCAGAAGAUAGAAUCAACUGCAGCAACGAUCGAUUCUAAAGCUGAACAGAUUGACAAGCACAUAUUCGAUGAACCAGAAUCCCGGACUUCGAAGGAAGUCGAUGUUAGGGCUAUAAAUAGUCAUGGUGGUUACUUGAAGAAUCUACAGAUUGGCAAGGAUCAGGAUUCAGGAAAGGAGAAUAGAAAAAGUGAGGCUAACGAAUACGAAACUUCGGAGAAGCAAUCUAAAACUUCGGAGAAAGAUGAACAGAACGUGGAGGAAAUUCUAGAGGAUAAGGACGAAACAACGACAUCGAUCUUGGACGAAAAAGUAUUUGAAGAAGAGGAGGAUGUCGAAGAACCAGCGUUCGAUGAUGACGUAGAAAAGCCUGCAGCUCCUACGGAGAACUCUUCAAUGGAAGAGAAAAACUACUACGAGGAAGUGUCUUCGAUAGAGCACGAAGCUGUCGAAGAUGAAUCAACCACAGUCUUAAACAACGAAGAUGCCGAAGAAGACAAACACGAAGUAAGCAAAAGUUCUCGCAAGGAGAAGAGUAUGAAGUUGGAUGACUCGCUGAAGGAAACAUUGUCUUACAAAGAGGAUAAGAGUAAAACAGUUGAAGGUGAGAAAGAGGAAGAGACGGAAUCCCGAGAGUACUCAACAACCAAGAGCGAAGAGAUCAAUUCUCAGGAAACGUCCGCAGAGUAUCAUGACUCUACCGAGGCAUUUUACGAAAGUACUCAUGAAAUGGACGCAGAAGAUGACUACGGGGAUUCUGGAAGUUCCGAAGAUGCCACUGUCACUUCGGAAAAUCUUAAUUUCGAAGAAACAACUAGUGCUAGAGAAGAGACCCCUGAAUAUCGCGAUGAAGAUGAGCAUACUUUGAGUGAUCAGGAGGAAAGUACCGAAGGUGUCCUCAAAUUCACCGACGAGUUGCCUAAAGAUAAAAAGGAAGACGUGCCAGAGACUAAGAAACAAUCGGAAUCUGUCGAAAAUAUUGCUCACGAUUACGUCGAUGAUAAUUAUGAGCCUGAUAAUUAUAAAGAGCGUGACUCUUCGGACUCUAACAGUUUAAGCGACGAGAAAACUAAUAAGGAAAUGCUGGCUGAUGGCAAAUUGGAGAACACCAAGAAAGAGAACGAGGAAGACAAGUCAGAAACCACCACAGAACCUGAAAGAGGCCAGGAAGAGGAAACUGAGAGUCCAAAAGACUACGACACAGAAAAAACUGAGAGUCCAAAAGACUCCAAUACAGAGAAAACCGACUUAUUACAGACAACAUCAACUACAACCACGACUACAACAACCACUACCACGACAACGACAGUUCGUCCUACACCUCCAAAAUUAUUCAAACCGAUCUCUGCCAGGAAGAAUUAUAAUUACAUCCCUCCAACGACGACUCCGAAUCCCGUGGUUAUUAAACCGAGGUUGAGUCUACUAAAUCCGAAGCCAGCGAAGCCACCUAAAUCAUACAACGAACUGGCACCCAAGCCAGUGAUCAGAAAGUUCACCUUACUAUCUCGUAAACCGACUACUGCGAUAACCACAAUGACUAAUAUGGACGAGGAUUCGACGGAAACUACGGAAAUGGCGAUCACAGAGACGUUAAUGACUACCACGGAAGUUAGCAGGCCUGAGCAGAAUGUGUUCGCGAAUAAAUCGAAGUCUCCAAAUGGGUCAGUACACAAGGACCAGGUCCAAUUGAAGAGCAAAGACGAUCAAAUCCCUAGUCCAAGCGAACAAAAGUCUCCAACGAAUGUAAAACACGAUGAAGAGGAAAGUUUCACGUCCUAUGCUACUUCUAGACUAUCUACCUUCGCCUCUACUACAGAGAAAAUGUCGAAGGAAGUCGAGUAUACUAGUACAGAGACCGAGAAGGCAACUGAGCCUAAAGAUUCCACUCUGGUAGACGUAGAAAUAGUCAGUACUACAGCUUUGCCGAUGACUUUCACCUCGAUUGAGCCAGAUAAAUCUGAAGAACCAUCCUCGACCACGGUUAAGUCAACCACAGAGGAAGAAACGUCAAUUGCUUCGUCUACCAAUCUCGUGGAUGAGAAUGUGACGGAGGUCCCUCUAGUUUCUUCAGCUCCGCAAACGACAACUGCUACGGAAACCACCUCUAAGCAAAAUGAAGAUGUAGAAUCAACAACGAUGAGAUCCCUAAGUCGAAAACCGACAUCCCUGAAGAAGCAGGAUGGAUUCAAUUGCUUGGAGAAGGAAAUGUAUCGCUUUUACGGCGACAAUAGAGACUGCAGAUUAUUUCAUUAUUGUUCUCCUGGGUUCACUUCGAGGCAGGUGCUCGACUUCCGAUUUGUAUGCGAAGAGGGGACCGCUUUUGAUGAAGAAAGUCAAAGCUGUCGCCAUGACGUUCGAAACAAGGAAUGCCUGAAGAGGCAGUGGUAACGAGGAAAAUCAGGAUCUUCGACAGAUUUAUACCCCCUCCCCUUCGUGUCUGCUGGCAACGUUGAUUUUGGUGAUUGGUGAAUCCGCGGCCUCCCCUAGUGUAUAUUUAUGUAUAUUGUUAAUAGGUAAGAUCCCGUGGAAAAGGGCGGCGCCUCUUUCCCUCAGCAUUUGCCAUAACCCCUGUACAUGACGAUGAUGGAUUCACACUUAUUAAAAUUAAUAUGCUUCAGAAGUUCGAA